AUGUCUUAACUGAAAAAUCCAAAGAACACUGCAGGAUAUUAGAAUAAUAUUGAUAUAAAAUGUCCAUAAGAACAUCAAAUAAAUAACAAUCAAUCUAAUGCUCUAUCUGAAGAAUCACCUUUUAAUGUGUCAAAAAUAUUAAGGGCUAAACAAUAACAAAGCAAUAUUUUUCAUCUUCCUUAAAAAAAUUAGAUUGAUUUUAAGGCUGUCUCUAACUUAAAUGCUGAAAGUAGUAUUGCAUUUUAAUUUAGAGCUACUUCCUUAUGAUAUUUUUUGGUGGAAUAGUUAAAAUGUAAAAAAUAAUAAGAAAUCAGACUAACUCAAUUAAUAAAUUUAAAAUUCUGAAAUUAUUCAAAGCAGACCUCAAACUGGUUGUUAAUAAAGAAUUUAAUUAGAAUAAAUUCCCAAUUAUUCCGAUUUAACAGAAGAAUAGUUUUUAUAAAUGUAACAGCAAUAAUAUUAAUUAUUUUUACAGUAACACUAUCAAGAAUAAAAGCAUUAAUCUAAAUCUCAAGAGUAGCAAAAUUUACAAUAGCAUAAUAAUUAGUAAUUACAAAAGGUAUAAUAAAAGCAAUAGAAUCAAAAUACAUAUUAACAACAAACUAAUUAGAAUGAAAUAUAUGAAAAUAAAGAGAUGAUGGAAACAGCAUCAUUUCAUGAGAGACCAUAGUCAGCAUAGCCAAAGGUUUAAGAGAAUAAAUAUAUUCAUUAAUAAAAAUAAGAGAAAUAGUAAUUUAUAAAGGGAGAAUAGAAAUAAAUUUCAAAUUAAAUAUAAAAUUCUGAAAAAUUGUAUAAUAAAGUUAAUAAUCCUAAUAUAGAAUUAAAAUAAAGAAAUCCAAAUUUUUCUGAUGUUUUGGGUAAUGGAUUAGAAAAAUAUUAUUAAUAGAAGCCAUAGUAAGCAUAAGUUAGAAGAACUCUUUAAGAUUAAUUGUAAGAGAGUGAAUUAUAUGGAGUAAAAUAUCAUUAAAGAUAAUUAUUGAAAGGUAUGAGUUCAUAAAUGGACACACAUAAAUAUUAUGAUUAAAUGUUAGAGUAGCAAAAUCAGCAUUAAAUUAAAUAAUAGUAACCAAAAAGUUCUUCAAAAUCACCUUAGAAUUCUCCUGGAAAAAUACUUGAGAAGGAUGAAAAACUAUUUUCAAAAAGUGUUUAUACAGAAUUAACAAUUCGAGGAAUGGGUAAAGAAGUUAAUUGGGAAAAAUUGACAAAUCAACUAAACAUUUAUUAAAUGAAUAUUGCAGAUAUUGAUGUUGUUAAAAAUAAGUAAGGGUAGAUCAAAUAACAUAAAAUAAUAAUAAAACAUUUAGAUUCAGCAAAUCUAUUAGAUAUAAAAUAAUGGGUGAUUACUCAAGGAGGCAGAAUAGUUGAAGAAAAAUUAAUUAAGUAGGAAGAAUUUUUAAGACUAUAAUAAUAAAAAGAAGGAUCAAAAUAGAAACCUUUAAAAAUUAGUGAAGAAAAAGAAAAGUUAAAAUAAAAAUAAAAAAAAAGACCAGCUAGUUCAUUACCAAACAAAAUAUAAAGGAAAUGA